CACUAGUAUGAAAAAGUGCUUUUACUACCACUAGUCCACUACUACAUUUACAUUAUUACUAUAGGAGCUCUAUUUGUGGUGCGUAGAAAUUACUAGGAGUUAGUAAUUUCUCCACUUCCCCUGUUUCAUUUCCACACCAUGAAGUAUAUGGCAAUCAAGUCAGAAACCUAAAAAGAAAAAUAGCAAAACAAGACUUUAAAGCCAUUGCAAUUUGCACGAAGCAGCAAAAUGGCAAGCUUACUUUAUUCAACUUCCCCACCCAAAAGAACACAUAAGAGAGAACUCAGAAGUAAGAAAAUUUAAUGUUGUCACAGCUACCCUCUGUGAUUAUUCAUUAAUGCCACCUCCCUUGAGCCAACUAUUUUCCAUGAAAUCUUCCUCUAUAAAAUCCAUCUCCUAUUUGAACCCCAUUCUUCUCAACAUUCCACCAUUAUAAAAAAAAAAACAAUCUUUUCUCUCAUUUUUCUUACCCAAAUUUCAACCUUUUGUUUCCUUAAUUUCCCCCCAAAACCCACAAAAUUAAGACAUUUAAUCAUGGAAAAUGGAAUAGAGAAGCAAGAAUAUGAAAUUGAGAAGAUAGAAAAUGGAAUUGAGAAGAAAGAAAAUGGAAUUGAGAAGAUAGAAGAUGGAAUUGAGAAGAUAAAAGAUUUAUCAAUUAAGGUGAAAAUCACCCAAAAAACCCAUAUUCAACCCAAGAAAAAGUUAGGAAGAAGAGAAUGUCAGUUAGUCACAUUUGAUCUUCCUUACUUGGGUUUUUUCUACAACCAAAAAUUGAUGAUUUACAAGGAAAAUGGUAGUGAUUUUGAGGAUAUAGUGAAGAAAUUGAAGGAUGGUUUAAGUGUAGUGUUGGAAGAAUUCUAUCAAUUAGCUGGAAGAUUAGGGAGGGAUGAUGAUGGUGUGUUUAAGGUCAUGUAUGAUGAUGAUAUGGAUGGUGCAGAAGUAUUAGAUGCCAUUGUUGAUGAUAAUGAUGAUAACAUCAUGGUGAGUGUUGAUGAUUUGGUUUCAAAAGAAGAUAUAACUUUGAUGAAAGAUUUGGUGCCUUAUAAUGGUGUCCUCAACUUGGAGGGUCUUCAAUGUCCCCUAUUGGCUAUUCAGCUUACCAAGCUUCGUGAUGGGCUGGCAAUCGGAUGUGCUUUUAACCACGCAGUUUUAGAUGGGUCCGCCACAUGGCACUUCAUGAGUUCAUGGGCCGAAAUUUGCAAUGGGGCCCAAUCAAUCUCUACCCUCCCCUUCCUGGACCGUACCAAAGCCCGCUCCACGCGCGUCAGUGUUAAUCUUCCUCACGCGCCACCGCAGCUCGACCUCACCAGCGCGCCAAAUCUCCGCGAGAAGCUCUUUCGUUUCUCCGAAACCGCAAUCGAGAACAUCAAGGCAGCUCACAAUACGACACCGCCUAGUAACGGCACAACCGCCGCCACUAACCCGCCGUAUUCCACCUUCCAGUCUCUCUCCUCCCAUCUAUGGAGGUCUGUCACAGCAGCGCGUGGACUCAAACCCGAGGACCCCACCGUCUUCACCAUCUUCGCCGACUGCCGGAAAAGGGUGGACCCACCAAUGCCUGAUAGCUACUUCGGCAACCUGAUUCAGGCAAUAUUCGCCGGAACUUCCGCCGGAAUACUGCUCGGAAACUCGCCGGAGUUUACCGCCGGCAUGAUCAAAGCGGCUAUUGGUGCCCACGAUGCGGCAGCUAUUGAGAAGCGAAACAAAGAUUGGGAGGAUAAGCCCAUCAUUUUCCAAUACAAAGAUGCCGGAAUGAACUGCGUGGCUGUCGGAAGCUCGCCACGGUUUAAAGUUUACGACGUCGAUUUUGGGUUUGGUACGCCGGAAAGAGUUCGGAGUGGUUCAAAUAACCGAUUUGAUGGGAUGAUUUAUUUGUACCCAGAAAAGGGUGGAGGGAAAGGUAUUGAUGUGGAGAUUAGUUUGGAAGUUAAAGCUAUGGAUAAUUUGGAAACAGAUAAAAUGUUCUUGAUGAAUGGUGAGGUUGUUUAAUUUGAUCGUAGAAAUAUACAUAUUGAAGGUAAUGUUUUAGAUGUUAUUGUACAACAAAAAUGGUGUUAGGCAAAAUAAUGGAAAAAUUGUUGAGUUUUGCCUAGCUCCAUUUUUUUUAGGAACCUUUAUAAUGGGAGUAUUGAUUUGGUGUAAUAAAGUGUUGUUUUGGAAUGGGUUUAUGUUCAAAAGGGAAGAAGAAAUUAUGUAUCCUUCAAAGGGUAAGUAAGAAAUAUAUAUUUACUUCAAGAAUCAUAUUUAUUGAACUUGUAUAUUACUUA